AAAUACAUAGACUAAAAGGCAUCCAUGUUCCAGCCAGAAAGAAACUUGCACUUUCCUUCAUUACAUGCCUAACUUCCCCAACAAAAAGGCCUUUUUCCACUUUCCUUAAACUUUUCAACUCAUUCAUGAAUAGAAUUAGAACCAAAACCAACCACUUUUGUACCCCAAACAUCAAGAGAUGGCCUCCAACAACAAGCCCAAGAAACCACUACUCCAUCUCCACUCCAAUCUCUCCAUCACCCUAUUCUUCAUUGUUGUCUUCACCAUUCCCGCCUUACUUCUCCUCCACACUCCUUCUAACUACAUCUGCACAAACCUCAUCUCUUCCAAUGACAAGUUCACAUGGUCCGGCGAUCUCCGCUACGCCGAGUUUUCCUGGAACAAGCUCAAAUUCGAUGGUGACAACCCUCCACCGACUUCUCUCAAGAUCGCCGUCUUCUCAAGGAAAUGGCCCACUAGCUCAACUCCCGGUGGUAUGGAACGGCACGCGCAUACGCUCCACAUGGCUCUAGCACGUCGUGGCCAUCGAGUACACGUCUUCACUUCUCCCCCUGCCAAUGAGAUCGUUCCAAUCGCACAGCAGACUGAACAAAGUUCACCCUCGUAUCCCGUAGUGCAUUGGCACGAGGGUGAACCGGACAAAUGGCGGUACAACAAGGCAUGGGAACAGUUCCAGGAAGAGAACCGGGACGACCCCUUUGAUGUGAUCCACUCAGAGAGCGUGGCGCUGCCGUUUUGGCUGGCGAAGGGAGUUCCCAACCUAGCCGUUUCGUGGCAUGGGAUAGCACUUGAGAGCGUGCAGUCGAGCAUCUACCAAGACUUGACUCGGAAGCCUAAUGAACUGAUGUCCCCUGCAUUCAACAAUAGUUUACAAGUUAUGAUCCCCAAAGUUCUGAAUGAGAUCAGAUUCUUCUCACACUAUGCACACCAUGUAGCCAUAAGUGACAGUUGCGGUGAAAUGCUAAGAGAUGUGUACCAAAUCCCAACCAAGAGAGUUCAUGUUAUAGUUAAUGGUGUCAAUGAGGAGGACUUCGUCCAAGACUUGGGAUUGGGGCAAGAGUUCAGAUCCAAGAUUGGUGUCCCGGAGAAUGCUAGCCUAGUUCUCGGUGUUGCAGGGAGACUAGUGAAAGAUAAAGGCCACCCGCUACUCUAUGAGGCCUUCUCCAAGCUCAUAACCAAGCACCCUCAUGUCUACUUGAUCGUGGCCGGCUCUGGGCCGUGGAUGCAUAGAUACAAAGAGUUGGGGCCUCAAGUCAUAGUCUUGGGAUCGAUGAAUCCCCUAGAGUUACGGGCUUUUUAUAACGCAAUUGACAUUUUUGUUAAUCCAACUCUUAGGCCACAAGGGCUUGAUCUCACUCUGAUGGAGGCAAUGAUGACUGGGAAGCCUGUUAUGGCAUCAAGAUUUCCUAGCAUUAAGGGGACUAUUGUGGUUGAUGAUGAAUUCGGGUUCAUGUUUUCACCUAACACCGAAUCGUUGCACGAGGCGUUAGAGUUGGUGGUGGCAGAAGGGGCGAAGAGGCUGUCACAGAGAGGAAGGGCGUGCAGGGAAUAUGCAGCUUCUAUGUUUACAGCCCGGAAAAUGGCACUAGCUUAUGAAAGAUUGUUUCUUUGUAUCAAGAAUCAGUCAUUUUGUAUGUACCCUUAGACACAUCAAUUUCUUUUUUUUUUUCCCCUGUUGGGGGAUUCAAACUUUUCUUACAGUAAGAUUGUUAUUAAUUUAAGGAUACAAUACAAAUAACUAUUCCUACAUCGACCAGAACUCCGAAAUAAUUUUCAAAUAUACUCUGUGGAUUUGAUUU